GGAAAGGCUGCAGGGAGCGAGUUGGGGGGCACCGGGCCCGACGCCGACGCUCUCGCCGGGCUCCCUCCCCCCUGGGCAUUGACAUGCUGUACCUGGUCGGCUUGGGCCUGGGAGACGCCAAGGACAUCACGGUCAAGGGCCUGGAAGUGGUGAGGCGCUGCAGCCGCGUGUACCUGGAAGCCUACACCUCGGUGCUGACCGUAGGGAAGGAAGCCCUGGAAGAGUUCUAUGGAAGGAAAUUGAUUCUCGCUGACAGAGAAGAAGUGGAGCAAGAAGCAGAUAAUAUUUUAAAGGAUGCUGAUGUCAGCGAUGUCGCCUUCCUUGUGGUUGGUGAUCCAUUUGGGGCCACGACGCACAGCGAUCUGAUUCUGAGGGCCACCAGCCUGGGCAUCCCGUACCGAGUCAUCCACAACGCCUCCAUCCUGAACGCCGUGGGCUGCUGCGGUCUACAGCUGUAUAAGUUCGGAGAGACGGUGUCCAUUGUUUUCUGGACCGACACGUGGAGACCGGAGAGCUUCUUUGACAAAGUGAAGAAGAACAGACAGAACGGCAUGCACACGCUGUGCCUACUGGUUAUCAGGGCACGCCUGACCGUUCAGAGGAAGGCAGACGCCGCUUCCCGCAUGCAGUCAGAAUUCCCUGCUGUGUGUGUUACGUGCACUGCGACUAACCGAGACAUCAAAGUAAAGGAGCAGUCGCUGGAAAACCUAAUCAAGGGCAGGAAGAUCUACGAGCCUCCUCGCUACAUGACCGUGAAUCAGGCGGCCCAGCAGCUGCUGGAAGUGAUUCAGAACCAGCGAGCACGAGGAGAGGAGCCAGCGGUCACCGAGGAGACGCUGUGCGUGGGCCUGGCCCGGGUAGGCGCCGAGGACCAGCAGAUCGCUGCGGGCACGCUGCAGCAGAUGUGCUCUGUGGCGCUGGGGGGGCCCCUGCACUCCCUGGUCAUCACGGGGGGCAGCCUGCACCCGCUGGAGGUGGAGAUGCUGAGUCUGUUUCCCGUGCCCGAGGCCAGCUCGGGUCCUCAGAGCACCGAGGAGCCCCGCACAUAGACGCGUCUGUGUGGAGGCUCAUUUCAGUCCCGGUGCUCCUGCCUGAACUGUGUGUGCCAAGGGAACGGGGCUCCUGUUUACCCUGGAAGCGCCGCACAAGCGACCAAGAGCGAGUGGACUCCACGCUCGGUUUCCUGUGCCCCGAGUUCUCCCUCUGCCAUCGUCAGCCGCUGCUGCUGUCCUGGCGGUUUUUCAGGAUGUGAACAUGUGGAGCAGACCACGCGGGAAGCUGGAGGGUGGCACCACCCGGAGACGUUGAAAAGCAGCUUUUCGUUCUGAAGCCUGCACCAGGCGGGACCCCCUUCCUCCUUCCUUAAGUCAGCUGCCUGCAUGCAGGCACGCGGUCCCUCCUGCAGUCGCGUGAGCCUGGCAGCCGUGGGAUAAGGGCUGCAAGCCGAGGUGGGGGCCUCCGUCACACCAACUCCCAGCUCACCUGCCACAGAAUGACUUCCUCCCGAACCGCCGUGUCUUCCUUCGCUGACAUCCUGGUUACAGAGCUCGGAUGUGGCUAUAUUUGGGGCUUAUGUAAUUGAUUGUUAAUAUAAAUGUGCAGCCAGCCAUGUACAGUUGCUCUUUGGUUUUAAAUAGCAACUCACAGCCAAGUGGGAAACUUGCUGACCACAGAAUAAAAGUUUUAAAAAUUUGGGUUUGAA